AUGUUCCUUCUUAGAAGGCAAGGCCAGAAUCAGCAGGAGAAUGAUUCCUCAAAACAAGAUACAAAGGUGAAUGAUCUCAGGGCUGCCCUUGGGCCCCUCCCUGGUCGUCGAUUACAGUAUUGCACGGAUGCGUGUCUAAGGAGAUAUUUAGAAGCAAGGAAUUGGAAUGUUGAUAAAGCCAAGAAAAUGGUGGAGGAAUCACUCAAGUGGCGGGAAACUUAUAAGCCAGAAGAAAUUCGUUGGGCUGAAGUAGCACAUGAGGGUGAGACAGGCAAAGUCUCUAGAGCUAACUUUCAUGAUCGACAUGGGAGGACCGUGCUUAUUAUGAGGCCAGGGAUGCAGAACACAACAUCUGCCGAAGAUAAUAUCAGGCAUUUAGUCUAUCUGAUGGAAAAUGCUAUCCUAAAUCUUCCUGAAGGUCAAGAACAAAUGUCAUGGUUGAUAGACUACACAGGAUUAUCACUUAAUACAAAUGUUUCUGUUAAAACAGCUCGUGAUAUUAUUUACAUUUUACAAAACCACUAUCCGGAAAGGCUUGCUAUUGCUUUUCUGUACAAUCCACCAAGAAUUUUCCAGGCUUUCUGGAAGGCCGUCAAGUUCUUCCUGGAUCCCAAGACAGUCCAGAAGGUUAAGUUUGUUUAUCCGAAUAAUAAGGACAGUGUGGAGCUGAUGAGAUCAUUCUUCGACCUAGAUAACCUUCCAAGUGAAUUUGGGGGCAAAACAAGUUUAAAGUAUGACCAUGAAGAGUUCUCACGGUUGAUGACCGAGGAUGACGCGAAAACUGCCAAGUUCUGGGGACUUGAUGAGAAGCCCUUCAACCCUCCUAAGAAAGGGCAUGCUGGAGCAGAGGUGGCACCAGAACCCGUGUCUGCUCAGACAGUAGUUAGUUAG